CCCAGACGCGCUCGUACUUAGACUUACUCACAUUCAGACUCGCCCGCACCCAGGCUCACUCACACCUGGGCUAACUCACAGUCGGACGUAUUGUUAUUCAGGGCGCCGACGCUUCCUUGUGUGGCGGCGCGGGAUCUAGCAGUUUCUUGGAGGAACGGGCGCAUGCUCGCGCGCGCGAGGAAAGGGGCCUGCAGUGCCACGCCAGCCCGCUCGGGUAGACGCCCUCGUCGGGUUGGUCGUGCUAAAUUUCUGUUGGCUGCGGGAGGAGUCUUGGGAGGAGGCUGGGCCUCACUGUACGCACGGAGUUUAACGAGCAAUUCCUACUCCCAGGUUGCCAGGCUGGCUCUGAGGUUGAACAAUCAUGUGUAUAAUCUGCGUCGAGAGGCGCGGGCGGCCAUCUCUAGCUUUGCGCUGGUGUCCAGAUGGAUCGCGUAGUUUCGGCCGUGCGACAGAUGUUCUCGUUGAGUAUGCAGCAAUGCGCGAGGGGCACGAUCAUUAGCUGCGCGUUUCCAUUGAAGGCGUUCCUCGUUCUGCAUGAGGCACGCCGUUCCCGCACGCGGGAAGAGAUUUUCGGGCUUUCGCCGUUCGGCUGUGUCAGCGGAAUCGCCACGUUCAGAAGCGAGGCGCUGUGGCGCCACAUGAGCGGAACUUUUUUGCUUGUUCCCACCCAUUUUGCGGUGUUGGGUCUUCGUUUUGAAGAUACAGCGCCCCGCGUUUCUUCCUCUCCUCUCCUUUCCUCUCCCUUCCACGGUCUCACCUGCCUCGCGAUACUCGCAGCUGCAUAUGGUUGGGCCUUUCCGUCAGACUAUUUUGCUGCUUUACAUUUUUGGCGGUCGCCGUGACUUGUUCAGUACAAAAUGCAGCGCCCACUUGCCAUGAAGGGUUGCUUCCAGGGUUCAUUGUGCUGGCCCUUCAGAGCACGGUCAACGGCACACAUCCGCACGACUUCCACACGCUGGCCUACCACCAGGAGUUCGGGAGCACUCUUUGCACUGCCUGUGGCUGUUGCCACGCAGGCGGUCCGACUGUUGUCCAAGGAGUGCGCGCGCCAGCUCAAGAGACAUGGCAAGCAGCAGUUGGCGAAAGUGCAGCAGGGUCUGCCACUGGGCACAUCAAGGCCUGCCAAGUCACAGAGGGCUCAGCACAGCACGAUCCGGCUGCAUGGGAACUGCGAGCUGGAAGCUCACUACUGGGAGGCCGCAGGCUGGAUGCCGCUCCCUCUCGGUCCUAGUCUCCUCAUCCUUUUUCCGAUGCAUGGUUCGCACGCGCCCUGCUCGUCUAAAUGUCGUGCAGGGCGUGGCACCAUCGCGGGAGUAUGACGCAAGCCUGUCGCCCUGCGCGGGUCAGGGUAGUUUUCACGGCUCGCAAGAAUGACUUUGCGUGAUUUUGGCUCGAA